AUGCUGCUGCAGAAUAAUCCCCCAUCCUCGCGCAAGUAUGCCACGUUCGUCGGGGUGCCGCCGGCGUCGCCGACAGUGCCGCAACGACAGUCGGCAUCGCUGCUGUCGAGGCUCUUCCUCUCGUACGCGGACGACAUGAUGCGCAUCGGCAACGCGCGGCAGCUGAACCAGGACGACCUGCUGGCGCUCGACGACGAGAGCCGAUCCGCAGUCGCCUACGCGUACUUCAAGCGCCACUACGACCGGCACGGCCGGUCGAUCGUCCGGGCAAUUGUGCACGGCUACGGCAGCAGGUUCCUGCUCUGCGGACUGGCGUCGGUCUUCACGACGGCCUGCAUCCUGUUCGCGCCGAUCGUGCUGCACCACGUGAUCGACGCGUUCGCAGCGCCGGAGAUGGACCUGACGAGUCUUGGGCUGUGGCUGGCCGCGUUCUUCGCCUCUCGCCUCGCGAACGCACUCGUGACGCCGCACGUGGACUUCCAACUCCAGUUGAUGACGUUUCGCAUGGCCGUGUCGCUGAGAGCACUGCUGUUCGAGAAGACCAUGCGACGCAGCAUCCAGAGCCGCAGCAACGACAAGGCCGUCGACAUCGCCAACAUUUAUUCGUCAGAUAUCCAGCGGGUCAUUCAGUGUACGAAUGAAAUCAACACGAUCUGGAUCUUUCCCAUUCAGAUCGGCGUCGUGGUCUACAUGCUCUACGACGUACUAGGUGUAGCAGCGCUUGCCGGGUUCGUUGUCAUCGCCUUGUCGAUGCUGGCGGCGUUCUUUUUCAGCAAGAGGUCAAGCGGGUCGUACAAGGAAUUGAUGAAGCGCAAGGAUGAGCGGAUGAAACUCGUCAAGGAAGUGUUUGGCGCCAUUCAGAUCGUCAAAUUUAACGCGUGGGAAGGGAAGUUCGAGAACAAGCUCCUUGCUUUACGUGAACGAGAGCUAAAAGCGCUGGCACGCUUCAUGUAUUCCUUGUGUGGAUCCAUCUUCGUGUUGUGGGCGUCGCCGAUUUUCGUCUCGACAGUCUCGUUCGCUGUAUACACCAUGGUGAUGGAUCAAGUCCUGACGGCUGCCAAAGUGUUCACAGCCAUCGCGUUGUUCAACGCUCUCAGAGAUCCACUGCGAGACCUCCCGGGUAUUAUUCAGCAGUGCCUCCAAGCGAAAGUCUCUCUGAAUCGCAUGUCGGACUAUCUCGCGCUUCAUGAAGUCGAUCCGGCUAAUGUGAUUCAUAACGAUGCGUCAAUUCCAGCCGAUGUCUCGAUUGCCAUUGAGCAUGGUACCUUCGCGUGGAAGGAGGAUGCGGCACCCGUAUUGAGCGAUGUGAACUUCACAGUGAAGAAAGGUGACCUGGUGGUAGUUCACGGACCGGUUGGCUCUGGUAAGUCCUCGCUCUGCUCCGCUUUGCUGGGUGAGAUGGAGAAGACUGAAGGCAAAGUUUUCGUGAAUGGCAAGGUGGCGUACUACUCGCAGCAGCCCUGGAUUCAGAAUAUGACAAUUCGAGAUAAUAUCCUGUUUGGGCAAGCUUUCGGUGACAACAAAUACCAACGCAUUCUUGACGUGUGUGGUCUUCUGCCAGACCUGGAACAGUUUCCCGGUGGUGAUGCGACGGAGAUCGGCCAAAAGGGGAUCAACCUAUCUGGAGGCCAGAAGGCUCGUGUGAGUUUGGCACGCGCCUGCUACUCUGAUACCGAUGUAUUCAUUCUGGAUUCGCCUCUUGCCGCCGUGGAUGCCGUGGUUCAGAGUGCGAUUUUCAGCCAGUGCAUCUGCGGACUGCUAGCGGAGAAGACGGUGGUGCUCGUCACUCACAACCCAGAUGUGAUUGCGUCCGGUGCGGUGAAUGGGAAGGUUUCGGUCUCUGGGGGCCAGGUCACUUUCGAGCGACAAGAGCUCCAGCACAGCAGAGCUCGUUUUGCGAAACAAGUCGCACUUACUGUCAAUGAGGAAAAAUACUCAAAGGGUAGUGAGUUCAUUGAUGAAGGUUUGAAGGCUACGGGCAAACUUGUGGAGGACGAAGAGCGUGAAGAAGGUCGCGUGUCUGCGGCGGUUUUUUGGCAGUAUUUCACGGCAGCAGGAGGGCUGAAAGUGAUCGUGCUGUUGAUCGUGAUCCAGUCGCUCUGGCAGGGCUGCCAAGUCGCGAGUGAUUUAUGGCUAAGCCACUCGACGGGUCAAAAGGGCAAUGUAUAUGAUGCUUCUCGGACGAAGUACAACAUGACAGUCUACGCGCUGUUGGGUGGAGGCAGCGCUUUGAUGGUGCUCGCGCGAGCUGUUACGGUUUCUACAGCGGGGCUUCGCGGCUCUCGCGAUCUCUUCCGUUUGCUUGCCCGCGCGCUGCUGUCCGCACCUCUGCGCUUCUUCGACGCUAACCCGAUCGGCCGAAUCGUCAAUCGCUUUGGAGGUGACAUGACUUCGGUCGAAACUGACAUUCCAUUCGCGACAGGAAGUUUGCUGGUGUCAAUUUUCUUCACAUGUUUUCAACUUGGGACAGCGAUUUACAUCGUACAAGUGCUGGUUGUAUUCAUUGUCCCGCUCGCGUAUCUGUACGUUAAGUUCGCCAAGUUUUACUUGAUGCCAUCCCGCGAGAUUUCUCGAUUGUUAAAGGUGGCGUCAUCUCCAGUCCUCAGCCACAUUUCCCAAGCAGAAGAAGGAGUGACCACAAUCAGAGCGUUUGGGCCGGAGUAUGUGGAUAGCACGACAGCCGAAAACUUUGCGCGCAACGAUGUGAACGCACGAGCUUGGGUUUCCGACUUCGUGGUGAUCAUGUGGUUUCAAAUUCGCAUGGAGCUUGUGGGCUGUGGCGUCGUGAUUGCCGUGGUGUCCUGCUUGGUCUACCUUCACGACUACCUCUCGCCUGGACUUGUCGGUGUUGCGUUCACGUACGCACUAAGCAUUGAUAGCCGACUCGCCCGACUGGUACAUCUGUGGUCGUGGCUAGAGAUUCAGAUGGUCAGCCCCGAGCGGAUCAUGGCCUACGCCUCAAUUCCCCCAGAGGGUCGACAAAGCGUCCUCUGCAUCGAACCGACUCAAGCCUGGCCGAAUGUCGGUACGAUCACGUUUGAGAACGUCGUGUUCAGCUACAAGCAGGGCGGCAACCCCGUUCUCAAGGGUCUGUCCUUCGACAUCCGCAACAACGAGAAGAUCGGCAUCGUCGGACGCACCGGCGCAGGCAAGUCCAGCCUCACCAUGGCGCUCUUCCGCAUCAACGAGCUGGUGUCCGGCCGCAUCCUCAUCGACGGCGUGGACAUCGCGACGAUGCCCCUGCGCACGCUGCGCUCGCACCUGUCCAUCAUCCCGCAGUCGCCCGUGCUGUUCAAGGGCUCGCUGCGCGCGUACAUGGACCCGUUCGACGAGUUCACGGACGCCGACAUCUGGGCUGCGCUGGAGAAGGUGGACAUGAAGGCGCAGGUGUCGGCGCUGGAGGGCCAGUUGGCGUACGAGCUGAGCGAGAACGGCGAGAACUUCAGCGUGGGCGAGCGGCAGAUGCUGUGCAUGGCUCGCGCGCUGCUGACGCGGAGCCGCAUCGUGGUGAUGGAUGAGGCGACGGCGUCCAUCGACCACGCGACGGAGAGGAAGCUGCAGGAGAUGAUCAAGCGCGACUUCCAGGACGCGACGGUGUUGACGAUCGCUCAUCGACUGGGCACGGUGCUGGACUCGGACCGCAUCAUGGUGCUGAGCGACGGUCGAGUGGUGGAGUUCGACAGUCCUCGCAACUUGGUGAAGGGUGGAAGCGGUGUGUUCUACGAGCUGGCCAAGGAAGGGGGCUACCUCGACAAGCUGCAGUAG